AUAAACUUGAAAUUUUUAUUUCUGGGUGAACUUUCCCUUUAAUCUUUAAUAAUUGACAACUACUUUAUGAUAGAAAUGCUACAUCCACUGUUAUUUCUUCAACAAGAAUAUGAGGACAUCAAAACAUGUAAACUCAGAGAAAGGGUUUAAACUUAUUUUAAAGUCGCAAUGAACAUUUAGCUUAUUUAGAAAGAUAAUGAUGCACUCUUUUGUGUUGGCAUAGAUGUAGAAAUGAUUUACCUUCUAAAUCUAAUAGAAUGGUGCACAUUGUUCCCAGAUGAACAUUAUACACAACUCAGACUUUGAGACGGUCCGCGCAUGUAAAUGAUAACUUUGUGUGAAGCAGCAUUUACUGUGAACGGAGCACAUAACCUACACGCAUAUAAAUAAAGCGCAUAUUAAACCUGCAGUGCAUAUAAAUACAUAUAUUUAAUUUAAUCACAGUGAAUCACAAUAGCACUCUGCUUUAUGACUUUUAAAUGGUUUUAAUAUUUCAUGCAGCCUUAGAAAACGGUCUAAUAAUGCUUUUCAUGGAUUCUCAUCCGUGGAAUGUGACACAUCCAGUAUUUCACCAGACGUGAUGCGACAACGCAAUGCAACGGAAUCGCUCAAAUAUCACAUCCAUUCAGAAGCGCUCUGCACUCCCAAUGAAAUAGACAAGUUUAUAAUCUAAUUCAUAAAUUUUAAACCUUUUUAACAUUAUUAAAAGUACAUACUGUGUGACUGAUACCAUCUUUGUCAUGGAAAACACUUGUUGGUUCACAUUGAGUUCGCAGUUUUAACAUGUUUGCUUUAAUCUGUUGUUGCUUUCAGUACGGCUAAAAAUGUCACACAAUAUGAUAUUCAAACUCACAUUAGACACAUUUAACAUUGAAUAAAGCACAUAAUCAGUACCUGAGAUGAUCAUUAUCAUAGUUUUAUGUUGUUGUUCCGCAACGUCACAGAAAUAGAAACCGUUUCAAAAUUAGAAACUUUGCAUGUUGUCGUUGUGGCUGGUUAGGACAAAAACACUGAAUAACAUGGAAAAGAUAUCUUUUAUUGCGUGUCACGGUGUUGCAGCAUGUGUAGUUAGGGCACGGUGUAGGAGUCCUUUUUAAAAAAAAAAAAAAUCAUAGAGACCCCAGAAUUUUAAAUGCCAGUGUUUCGAAUCAUAUGUUAAAUGUUUUUGUUUGAAAGGAUGAAAGGGAUGGCCGAAGGAAGAGGAAAGCUGAAAGGAGUCACUCAGAGUCCUCAGAUGAGUCUGAUGUAGACAGAGAUGCUGAGUCCAAAAAGAAAAAACGCAGUAGUGAAGAGAAGGAGAAAAUUACAGACAAGUCUAAGAAGAAAAAGAAAAAAAAGAAGCAUAAGAAACACAGCAAAAAGAAAAAGAGGAAGACAUCCGGCUCUGAGUUGGACUGAAGUGUUAGUGAGUGUGGCGUCCUGCACAACAGGCUUCUGGAAUUCAAGAGGGAAUAUAGACGAAGAAGAAGGGGGGGGGGCAUUAGAUAUUUGUCCAAGUGACUCUUAAAAGUGGGUGGUUCUUAGCACUGUGCGGCUUUGUGGCAGACUUGGAUGAGAGGAUCGUGUGACCGGGGAGUUAUAAGGGGUUUGAGGUUCAUUAUGUCAGGUUUGUGUUUGUUUUUUAAGCAGAUAAUUCUCAGUCCAAAUAAAGGUCAUUUACACCACUGGUGGCCCUGUGUACAGUAUAUUUGUGCUGAUUUUGAUCUGCAUGAAAAUUUCUGGUUUACAGGUUGUAAAGGUGGCUGAUUUGCAUUAAAUAUUUUUAGAAAAUCCAUGCUUCUGUUUUUCCCUACGAAGCUGACAAUGGUCUUUCUGUGAUAUUAGAAAAAAGCAGAAUUUUCAGCGGCAUGGCAAAACAACUGUAUUUUACCCAAGUUGUGAUUGUGAGUUCGCACUUUGUUAAUUGUAAUGCAAUAAAACACCACAAAAAAUAAGGUAAAAAUGCACAAAAUUCAAAUAUACCCUACCGUUCAAAAGUUUGGGGGUUGGUAAGAUUUGUAAAGGUUUUUAGAACGCCACUAAUGCUCACUAAGCCUGCAUUUAUAUGAUCAAAAUUACAGUAAAAACAGUUUUCAUGUCAAUUCGGGUAUUUAACUCAAGCUUUGCUCCAAGUUUAUGUGUGAUGACUCUGAAAAACAUUGUUUUGUGUCUUAAGUCAUGCAUGGAUUUAGGCGAAACUUUGCAUGUCCGUGCACUGUAUGCUUUGUCUGUCUGGGACUUGAAUGUCGGUCUAUGCUGCUUUCACACAUGUAGCUGUGUGUGUACCACAACUGUUUAAGAGAACUCUUCUACUGUGAUUUGACACUGUGCUUAAGCUGUGUAUAUCUGCAGUGAAUGUGUAUUGGUGAGACGGUCUCUGGCCCUCAGGGUGACAGCAGUGUUUUGGAAGCUCAACCAGGUGUAUGUGUCCAAAUGGCAUGUGGGAGGGGCCUCAACUAGCUUCUCUCAUUUCCCUGGCAAAUACUGUCACCAGUUCCCUUUUCUUGUCACACAGCUUCUAGAGAUUAUAUAGCAGAAAUGGAAUGUGUUGGAGUCACUAUGUUUCUGCUCAUGUUCACCUUAUUUCUAAUCAUUCCUGGUACGGACUCUAAAUGCAUCGAAUGCGUUUCACUGCAGCCCACACAGCAUGGGAUAAUGGGGGACCCGAUGUUCCUCAAAGUUGAGACUCAUUUUGAUGUCCACAAUGUGACGUUCCAGGGGUCCUGGUGCAAGAUUAAGCCUAAUAACACUCUUUUGGUCACUUUCAACAACAUCAAUGCCAUCCCAAAUCUGCGUCUAAAGAACAGUCCGGCACUCAGUUUGCCUGACGUCUCACUAUAUUUUGAACAUCUGGCUGAAGACACACAGGGGGAAUACGAGCUGCAGAUCAACAUCAUCUUCCCAGGAAUUCCCAGUCCAGUUGCAGUCACAAAAAGAGUGACAGUCACAGUCAGUGUGCCUGUAUCCAUGCCUCUUAUUACUAAGACCCCAGAAUCAGAACUGGUGGAAGACAGGGACAAUGUGACACUGACUUGUUCUGUUGAACAUGGGACAAAUGUUCAUUUCAAAUGGCUAAAAAACAACAUGGUGGUUGGUCCAAGUGAGCGGCAUACAUUCUCACAAGAUCAUGGGACACUUGUUAUAAACCCUGUCAAGAAAGAAGACAUCGGUCAAUACAAUUGUGAGGCCCAAAACCACAUUAGCAGCAAGCUAAGCAAACAGGCUGAACUCAUUGUGUUCUACGGGCCUUAUAACUUGGCAGUAAAUUCUGACCAAGGUCUGAAAACUGCAGGGGUGUUCAUGGUGAACCCGGAGGAACUGGCCUUUUUUGAGUGUAUUGCAGACUCCAACCCUCCCAACACCUGCGUCUGGAUCUCUAAGACAAAGAACGGCACAGAGGUUCUCAUGACUGGACCACGGUUUGAAGUGAAGCCGUAUGAGUUACCCCAGGGUAAAGAGUUCUUGUGUAGAGCAUUCAACAAUAUGACUAAGAAGCAUGACGAGACCAAGUUCACACUGGUGAUGGCCAGUCUUGACAGAGGUAAAGCAAAAUAUAGCCAGGAAGGGGGUGUGCUGUCUUCACUGGCUUUCAUUACAAUCUCGUCAGUCCUCAUCAUAGUGUGUAUGAUGUUUGUGCUCCUAAGGAAGAGCUGUCAUCCAAGAAGAAUGAUAAAGACUAUCUACAGGCGGCCAAUGACAGAGCAGAGAGGACUGCACCGCUCUGGUCAUGAAGAUGCAACUGUAGACUUUGGCAUUUAUGAAUUUGUCUCUGUACCUGGGAAAAUGGAGUCAACACAGGCAUCCUGCAGGUCUUUGACACGGCUUGAUUCAGUCAAAGAUUUGCAUACCACCAUAUAUGAUGUCAUCAAACAUGUGCCUGAAACUCCAACAAUGAGUCUUUUGAAAUGAGAGAGCUGGAUAGUCAUGUGUGUUCGGAUCUAAAGGCGUUUCACUAUUUUUUUCCUGCCAAUUUUUCUCUCUACAGUCACACAUUUAAGUACAGCUUUUGUUUUACAAUUAUUCAUUUUUAUACUACUUAUACUAAUCAUACAUUUCUAAACUUGUGCUGGGCACUGAAGUUUUUAUUGUCUUAAAACAAGAGAACUAUGCGAUUUUUUUUCUGUAGCAGCAUGCUUUAUGAAAAAGCUGAGAGUAUUUAUAUAAAUACAAUCGUCAUCUGCAUUUCGAAUGUAAAUAUGAUGUAUGCAUUUUGUACAUUAAAUCUGUAUUUUUUUGCA